AUGGCCACCGAAGCUGCCAAGUCUUCCACCUGCUGCGGCAAGGGCGACACUUGUGUCUGUGCCCAACAAGCUAAGUGCUCCUGCGGAAAGCAGUCCGCUCUGCACUGCUCCUGCGACAAAGCCUCCAAGGAGAACACCGUCUCCGGCCCCCGCUGCUCCUGCCGUGCCCGUCCCGCCGGCGAGUGCACCUGCGACAGGGCCUCCACCGAGAACGUGAAGCCCGACGCCAGCUGUGCUUGUGGCUCGCGACCUGCUGGUGCCUGUACCUGCGAGAAGGCCGCUGAUGGUGGAUACAACCCCAACGAGAUCGACUUCACCACCAAGAAAUAA